AUGUGCGCUCAGCUGACGUUUGCUGUGCCAGCGAGGUUCCACGACUUUGAGAAGGAUCUCCCGUCCCUGGAAGGCAAGGUCGUCUGUGUGACGGGCUGCACGACUGGAACUGGCUUCAUUGCUGCCAGGACAGCGGCCAAGAAAGGAGCCCAUGUGGUCAUGCUGAAUCGCCAGAGCGCACGAGCUGAGGCAGCGGAGAAGUCUCUCUUGGAAGUCGCGCCAGGCAGCAACGUCACUUCCGUGGCCUGCGACCUUCAAAGCUUCGACAGUUUGCCGACAAAGGCCACGAAGCUGCAACAGGAGUUGAUCAGAGUUUCCGCAGACUUUCGACCGUUCUCGGACAAGCUGCUGGCCAAGCCUGACAAGUUCGAGGCAAAACAGCUCUUCUGCAUUGAUGUUCUUUGCAACAAUGCCGGCGUCAUGGCAUUGGCAGACGAGGCCACGAAGGACGGCUACGACGUGCAGAUGCAGACCAAUCAUUUGUCGCACUUCCUCCUGACCAAGGAGCUCUAUCCACUUCUCGAGAAGGCUGCGCAGGAGCGGGGCGAUGCGCGGAUCGUGAAUCACUCCUCAGGCGCGCGGAAGUUUCCGAGCAAAGAGCUGGACGCAGACUACUUGGGGAAGAACGGCGGCAGCUUGGGCGGCAACGGCAACUCAAUGUUCUUCGGCGGUGCUCGCUGGCAGAGGUACCAUCAGACUAAGCUGGCCAAUGCAGUCUUCACCCUGGCUUUGGAUGAGAGGCUCCGGGCAAAGAAUUCCAAGGUGAAGGCCCUUUGUGCUGCGCCGGGCCUGGCUGCAACCAAUCUGCAGGUAACUACGAAUCAGGCGGAUGGCUUCAACGACGCGUGGAUGAUGCGCUUCGCGCAGUCUGGGGAAGAUGGGACCAUGCCGCUUCUCACGUGCUGCGUUGGAGAAGGCGUGCAGUCUGGUGAGUUCUACGAGCCGGAUGGCAUGGCAGCUAUGAAAGGCAAGCCGACCAAGAUUGACUUGGAGCCCAUCUGCACAAAGCCGGAGUCCAGAAACAUUCUGUGGCAUCUUGAUGAAACAUGUGGUGCGAACUUCCAUGUGCGAUUCGCGAAGGGGUUCAUGGCGAGUUCAACUUAUAAUAUGGGUUGUGUGUGGGGGGCGCCUCUCGCACCUUUUGCUCAGAUCUAA